UUCAAACCGCCCAUUCUGUAUUUCUAAAUAAAACAACUUCCCCAUCUACUGUUCUCUCUCUCUCUCUACCCAACAAUACAGUUCUGUUCUUUCCAUUCCAUUCUGAUUCUGAUUAAUUAUUUUAUAAUCUCCAUUUCUAUUUCGUAUUUGUAUGUACCAUAAACGAAGUAAAAAUCAUGGCUGCAAACAAAUUUGCAACAAUGUUGCAUAGAAAUACGAACAAAAUUACACUCAUUCUGAUAUAUGCAGUUCUUGAAUGGAUUUUAAUCCUUCUACUUCUCCUCAAUUCUCUAUUUUCUUAUCUAAUCAUCAAAUUUGCUGAGUAUUUUGGUCUAAACCCACCUUGCCUUUGGUGUUCUAGAGUUGAUCAUAUCUUUGAACCUGCAAAAAGUAACAAGAAUUUUCACAGAGAUCUUCUAUGUGAAGUUCAUGCCAAAGAGAUCUCUAAAUUGGGUUACUGCUCAAAUCACCAAACGUUGGCUGAUUCUCAGUAUAUGUGCGAGGAUUGCUUGUCCUCAAGGCCAGAAUUUUAUGGGGUAAGUUUUAAGUGUUCUUGUUGUGGGGUAAUCCUAGAUAAUAAUAUAUAUUCUUCAUAUACUGAGAUAAACCCUUCUUGGGAUGUUUUGGAACGUUCCCACAAAGAAAAAUUGAUUGAAGAUUCCGGGGAAAAUGAAAAUCAUGUACAAGAAGAUCAUAAAUCUUGUGAAAAGAUAUCAGAUUUUGUUAUUGAUUUAUGUGAUGCUGAACAUGAGCUGGAAGAAGCGAAUAGAGCUCAGAUUCUGUGUGAUUUUGAUCGAGAUUUGAAUGUAUCAGAUAACGAAAUAGAAGAUAAUGUUUCUAUUUCAGUAAACGUGAAUGAGAUGAAAGAAUUGGAAGGUGAAGACGGUGAAAAAUUAGAUGUGGUUAUGGAAAUGGAAGAAGAAAAAGAGAAAGAUAAGGGGCAAAACUCGACUAUAGACAUGGUAGAUAGGUCUGUUCAGGUUUCAAUUGAAGAAGAAAAGGAUGUUCCUCUUGAUAUUUCCCCUCAGCAUCUGGAAUUCUUUCUGGAUAACAGUGGUCAUAGACUGGUUCCAGCCGAGUUGAUUCAUUUGACAAAAGACGAACAACAAAGCAAGAACCAUGAAGAUAAUGGUAACGAUAAGCAUCAAGAAACAAAUUCAGAUUCUAAAGUACGGUUAAAGACGGAAGUUAAAAUGGUUGUGGAUGAUAGGUUCAGACAAGAAGAGGCUGGAAGGAUACUUGAUUUUGAUCUUACUACGCCCAAGGAUCCCAAGUAUAUGAUGCUCGACUCUAUGGAAAUAGAAGAGGAUGAAAAUUCUUUUGUUUUUCAUGCAAAAGAAUGCCAUUUGAAGAUGGGGGAUUAUGAACAAGAUGCAUGUUUUCAUGUAGUCCAAACUCCAUCUCGACUUAUAGGUCAUGUUCAAGAGAUGAAAGCGGCAGAAGGGAAAAAUAACAAUUCACUGGCUAUUCCAGGUUCUGAAGAAGUUGCUCGGAUAUCAAAUUGUGAAACUGAAGGAGAUGUAUCAAUUGGAACGGAAAUUCCUGAUUUAGAUAUAACAGAUGAAAUUCAGAAUCAAGAUUAUGUUCUUUCAUAUGAAUCCACACAUGACGAUCCAAUUAUAACAUUUUCCAGUUUUACAGCAAAUAAUCAUGGCCCUUUACAAGUCGAGGAACCGAAAGUAGUACUAAAAGCCUUAUCAGCUCAGAGCAGUGAGCACGUGAACGAAAAAUCAUUGUUUCAUUUGCAGCUCAAUGAUAUUGACGUAAACAAGGUUCCUGAUACACCGGCUUCUACACCCACUUCUGCAGACAGUCUCCAUCAUUUGCACAAGAAAUUUCCACUGAUUGAGAAUAAGGAUUCGGGAACUGAAGAGUCUCUGGAUGGAAGUGUGACCAGUGAGCUAGAAUGUGGUGACGGAGUUGUUACAAUUGAACACUUGAAAUCAGCUCUAAGAUCUGAACGUAAGACUUUACGUGCAUUAUAUGCUGAGCUGGAAGAAGAGCGAAGUGCUUCUGCCGUGGCUGCUAAUCAAACGAUGGCAAUGAUAAACAGACUACAAGAAGAGAAAGCGGCAAUGCAAAUGGAAGCUUUACAGUAUCAGAGAAUGAUGGAAGAGCAAUCUGAAUAUGAUCAAGAAGCUCUGCAACUCUUGAACGAACUUAUGGUAAAAAGGGAGAAGGAAAAACAGGAGCUCGAGAAAGAGUUGGAAAUAUAUCGAAAGAAGGUUUUAGACUAUGAAACAAAAGAGAAGAAGAGGAUAUUGAGAAGAAGUAAGGAUGGGAGUACUAGAAGUGGAUUCUCCUCUGCUUCUUUUAGCAACGGUGAGGAUAGUGAUGGAUUAUCUAUUGAUCUAAAUCAAGAAGCAAAGGUGGAAGAAAGCUUUUAUAGCAAUCUCGAGUCGAGCAACCAGAACACUCCGGUUGAUGCAGCACUAAAUUUGGAUGAGACGUUAGCUGACUUUGAAGAAGAGAGGUUAUCCAUUCUAGAGCAGCUCAAGGUGUUAGAAGAAAAGCUUAUGGCAUUGGAUAUCCAGGAGGAACAAAAUUUCAUGGAUUUUACACCGACGGAAGAUUUCCAUGAAGAGAUCAUCAAUCAUGUGGGUGAAAAUGCUGAAGUAAAUGGCAAUCAUAUAUAUGAAAAUAUUUGUUUCAGGGGUGAAGCAAAUUGGCACGCAAAUGGUUUAACUAAGGAAAUGAAUGGGAAACAUCAUCAACAAAGAAGAAUUGUGGGUGCGAAUGGAAAACGGCUGCUUCCUUUUUUUGAUGCGAUUAGUAAUGAAAAUGGAAAUGUGUUCUCGAAUGGAAAUGGAUUUGAAUCUAAUGGGGUGCACAAUUCUUAUGAAUCAAAGCUAGAAUUAGAUAACAAGAUGCUUGCCUUUGAAGAGGAGGUGGAUCAUCUCUAUGAAAGGUUGCAAGCUCUUGAGGCAGACAGAGAAUUCCUAAAGCAUUGCAUAGGCUCCUUAAGAAAAGGUGACAAGGGAAUGGAUCUCCUCCAAGAAAUUUUACAACAUCUUCGUGAUCUGCGCAAUGUGGAGCUCCGAGUGAGAAAUUUGAGUGACAAUGCUAUAGUCUGAAACUCUUGUAAACACAGAUUCAAGUUUGAUUGCUAUGGAGGAAGGAAGCAUGCAAAACGAUGAUGAUCAUGUGAUAUAGCAGAAGAAUUCUGUGUAUUCAAAGAAAAAUUUGAGGGAAGUUCCUUGAUGGAGUGUCUGAUUGAGAAGCUCCCGGAUGAUGUUUUUCGGGGUGACUUUGGCAGACAAUGGAAUCGAUUCUGCCUAACUUUCGCUCUUUUCUUCUUGGUUAUUUUCUCCAAGAAAACUCGAACUUGAGUUGGUCUGUGUCCAUCUCAACCUUUAAAGAGAAAGGGGGAUGGUGAAUGUAUGUGUGUGCAGUCUAGUGAAGAGAAUCAGUAAUUUAUUAGAUAUUUUGAAUUUUUUUGGUGGCAAGGAAGAGAGUAGUGGGUAACUUCCUUUUCCAGCCUCAUUUUUGCAUCAUUUUAAACACAAGGUUGUUUAUUAGUUUAAAGGCUAAGUCGGGUUAGUUGUAUAUCACAUAUAUCCAUGUGCAAUUAUAUAAAAGCAAGUGUUUGAUAAUUUUUAA